AGCCCCCCGUCCUGCUCCCUGCAGCACAACGCCCCCUGCUGGAAUGCCUGGAGAUUGCAGUGCCCUGCCCCCGUGCAUGUAUCUGUCCGUCUGCCCCUCCCCAGGUGGAGGAGAUCCGCGGCUGCAUAGAGAAGCUGUCAGAGGACGUGGAGCAGGUGAAGAAGCAGCACAGCGCCAUCCUGGCUGCUCCCAACCCAGACGAGAAGACCAAGCAGGAGCUGGAGGACCUCACGGCCGACAUCAAGAAGACGGCCAACAAGGUGCGCUCCAAGUUGAAAGCCAUCGAGCAGAGCAUUGAGCAGGAGGAGGGGCUGAACCGGUCCUCGGCUGACCUGCGGAUCCGUAAAACACAGGUAUCCCUCCGCCCUCCCCCCCACGACACAG